AAGUACCACAGCGUUUAAAUGGAAAAGUGUCUGGCAGAAUCAACAGUGUUGAAAUGGAGCGUAUUGAUUUACACUCUUACGCUGUCACUAAUGAUGGACGUUCCUUUACCGCUGUUAGCCGUGUACCAAUCAGUAUUGGAUAUUCUAUGCAAGCAUUGCAACCUCUUGGUGCUGUCAUUGGUUGGGUAUUCGCUAUGACAGCAAGUAAAGGAAAGAAUGGAUUUGGACUAACUGGUGGUAUUUUUACUCGUACCGCUGAUAUUUCAUUUGGUAGUGGUGAAAGAGUUACUGUAAAAGAGAGAUUCACUGGUAUUGAUGAACUUGGGUAUAUGCGAAUGACAGCAGAAUUAGAUGGUACCCUUCCUGCUAUACCACCAUCAACUGAUAUUACAAUAGAAGAUUACAAGGAAACAUAUACUAGACUCUCACCAGGUAGAAUAAGAUCAUCUGCGGAAAGAACUUUACUUAUCGGUGAGGAUCCUUUAGAAGUUAACAUUGAUCAGACAAUUGAAUAUGAAGAAUGUAUUGGUGAUGCAAGACAACAAGCAAACCUAAUUAAAGCCAUGAGAGUUAGUGUUACAAGAAAUUAUGUAAUUUAUGACAGAAAUGAACAAAUAUUAAGAUAUGCAAUGACCAGCAAAGUGGCUCCAAGUACAGAACCAGUAUAUGAUCCAUGCUUGAAUAAUGAGUGUCAUGAUAAGGCUGAUUGUAUUGUACGAGGUGAAAGUUAUUUAUGUCAGUGUCAAACUGGAUUUGCUGGCAAUGGAAGAUUUUGUGAUGAUAUUGAUGAAUGUAUAUCUGGUGUCAGUGACUGUGACAGUAAAGCCAAUUGUGUAAACCAAGUUGGUUCAUUCUAUUGUACUUGUCUACCUGGUUAUACUGGUGAUGGUAAAACAUGUAAACGUGAAGAUGUUUCCCCAUCUGCAGGAGCAUUCUUACUGUUUGCACAAGGAAUGGGAUUAUAUCGUUUACCAUUGAAUGACUAUGAAAUUGGUGGUAGAGUAGUUAUGAAACCAAGACAGAUAGCAAUAGGUGUUUGCUAUGAUUGUAGAGAUGAGUUCUUUUAUUGGACUGAUGUGUCAAACAGACGUAUUUAUAAAUCACGAUAUAAUGGAGAUGAUACUGAGGUUGUAAUUAACUCUGGCUUAAGCAGUCCAGAAGGUAUUGCUAUUGAUUGGAUUAGUAGAAACAUGUACUGGACAGAUUCAGGACAUGAUACUAUUGAAGUAGCCUACUUGAAUGGUCUAAAUCAACGUGUUAUUAUAUCAGAUGGAUUGGUGAACCCUAGAGCAAUAGCUGUGGAUCCUGUUGGCAGCUAUUUAUAUUGGACUGAUUGGAAUAGAGACUCACCAAAGAUUGAAACUUCUAAUUUAGAUGGAUCAGAGAGACGUGUAUUAGUGAAUACUGGAUUAGGUCUUCCUAAUGGAUUGACCUUAGAUUCAGUUAAUCAUCAAAUAUGCUGGGCUGAUGCAGGUGAGAAGAAAGUUGAAUGUAUUGGGCAGACUGGUAAUCCAGACACUCGAUAUGUUGUAACAUCAGAAGCCUCCCAACCAUUUGGUUUGACUAAUGUUGAUAAUCAACUAUAUUGGACUGACUGGGAAAGAGAUAACAUUGGAACUGUUAGUAUCAAUGGUGGAAAUCUUGGAAGACCAAUGCAAACUCCAGUUGGUGCAAAUGGUAAACUUUAUGGUAUAACUGCAGUGACAACUUGCCCUCAAGGUAAGCAUAUCCUGUGGUUUUAACAGACAGUGUGUGGUUCC